CGCCACGUCAUGCGCGCUCCCGUCACACUCGCGUCCAGCCAGCCAGCCAUACAUCUCUCCCAAAUCACGUUUCCACCCAUCGCGGAAUCACCAAAUCCCUUGCAGGUCACGUCGGGAUGAGAUAAAUAAUAAUAAAAGUGCUGAGGGAUGAUCCCUCCUCGGGACGUGGCAGCUCGGGAUUGGCGAGGCACGGGCAAGCGUGGGCAGAGAGACAGUCAGUCGGGCGUGGUUGUUGUUGUUGCUGUUUUCAUUUUCUCCGUCGGGCCUUUCCUUCCCAGGCUUGGUUGGUUGGUGGGUUGGUUGGUGUCAUCUAUGUGUUUACUUCACCCCCGAGAGGUGCAUCGGCUGCAACCCGGGAUGGCGCCGGCCCUUUUGCCAAUAAAACUUCCUAGACGGGCAAAAAAUCAUGGCCAGACGGGCGGGCGCUAAUUGGAAUAAGCAAGAGGACGGAUGCGGGUCUUUU